CCCCCAAAUGGAGCUACGAAUUUAUUUAAUUUUUUUGGUGUCCUUCACAAUUUCCGUGGCUGUCUCUGGGAAAUCAAUAUGCAAACUGAAAGGAAAGUUUAAUUUAAAUAGUUUUAAAAUGCCGGGUGAUGUGAUAAUUGGAGGGAUGUUUCCUAUUCAUUACAGAGUCGUAUCCUCAAAUUCUUCGUCCAGCACAUCACCGCAGUCUUCGGGGUGUGAAGGAUUCAAUUUCAGAGCUUUCCGCUGGGCCAGAACAAUGAUCCAUGCGAUUAAUGAAGUCAACCAGAAUGAUUCAAUUUUACCAGAUGUACAGCUUGGGUACACAAUCUAUGACUCUUGUUUUACUAUUUCCAAAGCUGUUGAAGGAACAUUGACUUAUCUGACCGGACAGGAUGAAGCUGUACCCAACUACCGGUGUGGCAAUGGAGCUCCUUUGGCAGUGCUGAUAGGAGCUGGUGGGUCAGCUCUCUCUAUUGCAACUGCCAGAAUCCUGGGACUGUAUUAUUUUCCUCAGGUGGAUUACUCAGCAUCUUGCUCAGUUCUCAGUGAUAAAUUUCAGUUUCCAUCCUUUAUCCGGACCAUACCAAGUGAUGUUUUCCAAUCCAGAGCAAUGGCAAAGCUUGUGAUACACUUUGGAUGGACAUGGGUGGGGACAAUUGCAUCAGAUGAUGACUAUGGGAAAUAUGGAAUUAAAAACUUUAAAGAGGAGUUAGAAAAGGUUGGCGUAUGCAUCUCUUUCUCCGAAACUAUCCCCAAAGUUUAUGCAAGAGAGAAAAUAGUUCGAAUUGUAGAUACAAUUGAGCAAUCAACUGCCAAAAUCAUUGCAGUCUUUUCUGCUGAUAUUGAUUUUAGCUCUUUAAUAGAAGAAGUAAUGCAACGCAAUAUUUCAGGAAGAACAUGGAUAGCUAGUGAGGCUUGGAUUAACUCUGCAUUGAUUUCCAAACCAGACUAUUCCUCACUUUUAGGUGGAACUAUUGGACUUGCAAUUCAACGAGCAGAUAUUAGUGGCCUACGUGAUCACCUCAUUCAAUUAGAUCCAAGAAAUUCUGGAGAAAAGCUGAUCACUGAGUUCUGGGAGCGAGCCUUUGAUUGCAUGUGGCCUGAACAUGGGGUGGACACCAGUCGAACACUUGACCUAAAAACAACUGAGUAUAACGGAACAGAUGUAAAUAACAGAAUCCACAUUAUUCCCCCACUUUCUCAGCGGCUCUGCACAGGAAAGGAGAAUUUGAAUGAAAUCGAGAACACAUAUACUGAUGUAUCUCAGCUGAGACUGACAUACAGUGUGUACAAAUCUGUAUACACUGUGGCAAAUGCCCUUCACAAUAUGCACACAUGUAAGACUGGGGAGGGUCCAUUUGUUAAUGGAACAUGUGCAAACAUCUCAGAUUUUCAGCCUUGGCAGCUCAUGUAUUACCUGAAAAAUGUUCGGUUUAAGAGCCUUCUAGGGGAAGAAAUAUAUUUUGAUCAAAAUGGUGAUAUCGAUGCAAUAUAUGAUAUCAUUAACUGGCAGAGAACCUCCGAUGGGUAUAUCUCUUUUAAGGUAGUUGGCAGUUAUAAUGCGACUGCACCCUCAGGGCAAAAGAUGAUCAUCCAAAAUGACUCUAUAAUUUGGAAUGAUGACCAGGUUACGCCUCCAUUUUCUGUAUGUAGUGAGAGCUGUCAGCCUGGUACCAGGAAGGGAAUUCGCCAAGGAGAACCGGUUUGCUGCUUUGACUGCAUUCCAUGUGCUGAUGGAGAGAUAACCAAUGAGACAGAUUCAAGAGAAUGCAUUCAGUGUCCUGAAGAUUACUGGUCCAAUGCAAACAGAGAUGAGUGUGUGCAUAAAGUGGUCGAAUAUCUUGGUUACAAUGAUGCGUUGGGAAUGGCAUUGAUAGCACUAUCAAUAUUUGGAGCUUGCGUUGCUGCAGCUAUUGCCGUAGCUUACUUGGUUCGAAAGGAUACUGCCCUUGUAAAAGCUAACAAUCGUGGACUAAGCUUUGUGCUGUUGCUUUCAUUAGUGAUAUGUUUUCUCAGCUCAGUUGUCUUUGUUGGUGAACCAGUGGCAUGGUCCUGUAUGACACGACAGGUUCUUCUUGCUAUUAGUUUUGCUACUUGCCUUUCAUGCAUGUUAUCAAAGGCUGUUAAUCUGAUGCUGAAAGCCAGAGAAGCCAAAGCAAAGUCACCCGAAGGCACAACAAAAAAACUUUUCAGCCCUUUGCAGCAAAGAAUUAUUGCAUUGAUCUUUGUCUCAUGCCAUGCUUGUCUCUGUGCAGCUUGGUUAAUAAUUCUCCCCCCUUACCCUGUCAAGAAUACACAGUCUCAAAAUAUCAAAAUAAUUAUGGAAUGCAAUGAAGGGUCUGUAGUAUUUCUGUGUUGUGUGUUAGGGUACGAUGCAUUAUUGGCUGCUAUUUGCUUUGUUUUUGCAUUCAUUGCUCGGAAAUUACCUGAUAACUUUAAUGAAGCUAAGUUUAUGACUUUUGCCUUGCUUGUCUUUUUUAUUGUUUGGAUUUCUUUUAUCCCAGCCUAUUUAAGCACUCGGGGAAAAUAUAUGGUUGCUGUUGAAAUGUUUGCCAUUUUGGCAUCUAGUUUUGGCUUGGUUGCAUGUCUUUUUGUUCCCAAAUGUUAUAUUAUCUUAUUGAAGCCGGAAAGGAACACAGAGGAAUUAGUUAGCGGCAAAACUGAUACAAAUGACAAGAGUGCACCACCAACCUCACAGUCAUUGACCACCUCAGGAAUAAGCACUGCUUGUUCAUCGGUAACACUCAAUUAAUAAAGUUGCUUAUAUAUAACAGUUAACAUUUUAAAUAAUAAAUUAUAAGUAAUAUUAUCAUUAUUUUCAUUGCUUGAGUAUGAAUUAAACUGAACAAACGUUUAAAGAAGCUAUAGUUUGUAUAUCAGAGAUGUAAUAUGCUGAUGGUUCUAUUUUAAUGUCAGAAUUUGUAGAAUGUAUUUUUGUCUGUUCUUGUCUAUCUCCUGAUCAAUUCUCUGUUUGCAAAUCUACAAUAGUAUAAACAACGUGAAGGAGCAAAUCAAAGUCUGCAGGGCCUGAACCAUAUUGCAUUUUUGAGAAAAUAAAUAAGUCAUUUUGUUUUACAAGCAUAAUAUCUUGAAGAUACUUUCCAGAUUAUAUUUAAUACAUGACCAAAUUCUGAAGGUGCAAAUGUGUUCUGCUCAUGCAUUUUACCGCCAAACACUGUCACAUACAAAUUCAGAAACUAAAAGGGAAGCAGCAAAAUUCAGGAAGAGGGCUAACAAUGUCAUGAACAAACUGUUUACUGGUGGAGUACAAAAUAUGACUAGAAAAAAAAAUUAAAAGUCAUUGUGGGUGGAGAUUUUGCUAUUGUUCAUUGAAAAAAUUCCAUUCUCAGUGAAAAACAAAUUCUGGGUUUAAAGUCCCCUAUUUUAUAAUCACAUCCUAAAUGGAAGCUGAGGUUUAUAUGCUGCAUACAUGGCUAAAGUAAAAUACAAUGCUAUGUGCUUCAGAGGAUUGGAUAAACUCAGAUUCACUUGUUCCACAUGUUUAUAAUUCCUGUGUAGCUUUAUUUGUUUCAUGUUUUGCUUAUUUAACACAAAUAAGCUUAAAAAUGUUGUUGCCACCUCUAAUGAUUGAAAAGAUCAUAUUUUUCAUUUCAUAACAAACUUAAUUUGCUGUUAAAUAAAUGGAAAAUUCUGUGUUAAAAUGGUGGGGAAAAUAUAUAAAAUAAACACAUUUAAAUGUUCAUUACAAUUGCCAAGCUAAGGUUUUAGUUUAAGGGAAAAUUGUGAUACUACAUCUGAGGGAAAAUUUAUUUCUAGUGUCAUAAUGAAAUUGAAUAUAAAUUGAUACCACCUACCAGCCUCACCAAAGGCUUAGCUUUUACAGAAUGAGUUUUAUCCACUUGGAAUCACAUGCCUAUGUUAUGUAGAGAGUUAAUUUAAAAUUAGUAAUUUAUUUGCUUUAUUUUCUUUCCAUUCCCAAUUAUUUAAAUAUUCCUACAGACUCUUGAUUAAUUGAGAAUGGCAGUUAAAAAAAGUUUCCCCCUUCCCUAAC